CUCCGUGGUUGUUGUCGUGUGUCAUCUAAAUUGACGGGGGGUUUGUGAAAAUUUUCAUUUAAACGGCAUGUUACAUCGUCAGUCCAGAAGACAAAUGUGUUAUUUAGCAGAUUGACAAAGCGACAACGUGCUCUUUACACGACAGCAUUCCCAAAAAGUCAAGAUUCCGCCAAAAAGCUUUACUGGGCCCAUAGGGUGGCUUCCGAAAGGUCGUAACGUGGACGAAGCUUCCCCUGUGACCAGAGGGUGUUUUCUUCCAUACAACUACAAGAUCUUCUUGAACGGCGAACCGCCUUGGGCAGGCUGCUAGCACCCCAACUCUAACUUGUAAACCACAACCCCUUUUUCCAAGCCCGUCACGCGCAAAUUGGAGCACGGGCUGCCUCCUUGCUUAUUAAACCAAACGUUUAUAAUUAUAUUUAACAUUUCCAUCCCUAUUCCAUCGAAAUGAAAAUCGCAAACGUCGAAGAUCGCAUCCACAUCCUCGAACCGACCACCGAUACGUGGUCGGUUAUCAGGGAUAUCGCCAGUGACCACAACCAGGAAGAGGCGUUUUAUGUGUGCGAUAUCGUAGAUGUGGUCAAAAAAUAUGGGAUAUGGCGAUCCAAAUUACCCAGAGUCCAACCCUAUUAUGCCGUAAAAUGCAACGACAAUCUCACCAUACUAGAAAUUCUAUCCACGUUGGGCGCCAAUUUUGAUUGUGCUUCCAAAUCCGAAAUCAACAAAGUACUUUCGUUGGGUGUCGGCCCUGACAGAAUCAUUUUUGCAAAUCCGGCCAAACCUGCUAGCCAUAUCCGGCACGCCGAAUCUGUAGGUGUUUCCAUUAUGACCUUCGAUAAUGAAACGGAACUGCACAAGAUCAAGAAACUGUACACCAACGCCAAGCUGGUUAUUCGUAUACUCUGCGAAGCAUCUGAUGCUCAGUGUCCUCUGGGUAUGAAAUUUGGUUGUGAUCCUGUCAACGACGCGCCGAUACUGUUAGAUGUUGCCAAGUCUCUGGAUCUUGACGUGGUCGGGGUUAGUUUCCACGUGGGAUCUGGAUGCCGCGAAGCUACCGUGUAUCGUCGGGCAAUAGCCACCGCUCGUGAAGUUUUUGAUUAUGCCGCUUCUUUGGGAUUCAACUUCUACCUCUUGGAUAUCGGAGGUGGAUAUCCGGGUGACCGAGGCACUUCGAUCGAUAAGAUUGCGAAUAUAGUCAAUAUGGCGCUGGAUGACUUUUUUCCCGAUCCCCGCGUCCAGGUUAUAGCGGAACCAGGCAGAUUUUUUGUUAGCUCCGCUUACACCCUCGCGUGCAACAUUCAUUCCAUCAGAGACUCUAUCCAGAAGGACGACGUCACCAAAUCUGGCAAGCUUCACAAAAUGUACUACAUCAAUGAUGGGGUCUAUGGCAGCUUCAACUGUAUCUUGUAUGAUCACCAAGUGGUGGCACCUCAGCCACUAUACAACAACCAGUGCGCCAAAUACUAUUCUAGCAGUAUCUGGGGUCCAACUUGCGACGGCUUGGAUCAGGUUGUACUGGAUGUGCAGUUGCCGGAGAUGAAAGUUGGUGAUUGGAUCGUAUUUGAAAACAUGGGCGCUUACACCUUGCCCGUGGCUAGCGAGUUCAACGGAUUCCCGAUUCCCAAGGUUCAUUUUGUCAUCGACGAAGCCACGUGGAAUUUGCUAAAAACCUCCUUGUCACUGAGCGAGGAUAAUUUUGAAAUUUUGGACCGACCGGCUUUCCCAAAUGACAUAAACACUGGCAAUGCGCUUUUCGACGUGCGCGAUCUCCCCUUAAGAAUUGAUUUACCGCUCUACGGACAAAAUGUGAACUACAUCGACGUCGCUGUUUUGGAAUAAUGGUUUACGAUUUUUGGAUUCGAACGACUGGGAUUUUUUCUAUGCAAAUUUAAUUCUAAGUUGAUCUUCUAUCCGUAACAACAUGUUUUUAUCGAUUACGUAAUUUUGACAUUUUUUUUAUAUUCAACUUUGGAGAACUGUACCAAUUUUUUGAAAUUGUUUUGUACUUGACAAUUUUUGAGCGCCAUUUAACAGAUUUUUUUGUAAAGGGAUAGAAAUGUUAAAUAUUGAUUGUAAUAGGGUUUUAGGACUGGGCAGGGUUUAUAUCGCUCUUUUACCUUUCGGAUAAUAGACGACCCCGCUGAUGUCAUAUAACUUUAGGUUUUUAAGCAAGGGGGCAGCUUCAAGCUUAUUCAUCUCGGAGAUAUGUUUAAUAUAAACAAUUACCCGUGCAUAUUUUUACUUAGGAGUAUGCAGGGGUGGUCACUUAUAUUAAGACGCUUGUAGAUUAGACGCCGCGCUGUUUAUUUAAAUAUAUUAUUUAGUGUAAAAAA